UACGAAAUUACGUCGAAGCCAAAUUAAUUUUAUGUUAUUUUUACCCUGCAUAAAGCCAUAGCAAAGCGGUGGCGAAAGGGUUAAAAUUAAAUGAGCAGGUCAUGCCUUUGAAAACAUCCCUUUUGUGAAGAGUGUUUAGGAACGCCGUCGAGCUAUUAGGGGAGGGCACCAAGCUGCAUUCAGCUGUCUUUCAGCCUGCUGCAUAAUUAAUUUAACCCUCGCGUAUACAUCCAAAAAAGAUGGCGACCCUUACAGCGUUUUGCAGAGCCGAGGGUUUACUCUUCAAAAACCUCUCAGGUCACCGAAGAGCCAGAGUAAACUUCGCCAGCCACCGCCUCCUAAAGACUUGUGGUUGCUACUUUUCCACGUCCAGCCCGAGAAGUUCGCAGUUCUACUCGGAUCCAACAGAGGCAGUGAAGGAUAUUCCUAAUGGUGCUACUAUUCUGGUCGGAGGCUUUGGGUUGUGUGGGAUUCCAGAGAAUCUAAUCAACAGUUUGCUGAAGACUGGCGUAAAGGGCCUCACUGCAGUCAGUAAUAAUGCAGGAGUGGAUAACUUUGGCCUGGGCCUGUUGCUGCAGACCAAGCAGAUCAAAAGGAUGAUUUCCUCCUACGUAGGAGAGAACGCUGAGUUUGAGAGACAGUAUUUGUCAGGAGAGCUGGAAGUGGAGCUAACGCCACAGGGGACUCUUGCAGAAAGGAUCAGGGCAGGAGGUGCUGGGGUUCCAGCCUUCUUCACUCCCACUGGCUAUGGCACUCUGAUCCAAGAGGGAGGCUCUCCUAUUAAGUACAACAAAGAUGGCAGCAUUGCUAUUGCUAGCGAGGAGCGAGAGGUGCGGGAGUUUAAUGGCAGGCAUUAUGUUAUGGAAAAAGCCAUCACUGGGGAUUUUGCCCUGAUCAAGGCAUGGAAAGCUGACAAAGCAGGAAACAUUGUUUUUAGGAAAACGGCUAGAAACUUCAACCAACCCAUGUGCAAGGCAGCCAAAACCACAAUUGUUGAGGUGGAGGAGGUGGUAGAUGUUGGGACGUUUGCUGCAGAGGACAUACACAUACCCAGUAUCUUUGUCCACAGAAUUGUUCAGGGAGCCAGCUAUGAGAAAAGAAUUGAGAAACGCACUGUGAGAAAAGGCCAAGAAGAAAAGCCCAAACCAAAGAAGGAUUCAGACAUUGUUCGGGAAAGGAUCAUUCGCAGGGCAGCACUGGAGUUUGAAGAUGGGAUGUAUGCCAACCUUGGUAUUGGUAUCCCCAUGCUGGCCAGCAACUUCAUCAAACCAGACAUCACUGUACACCUCCAGAGUGAAAACGGACUCUUGGGACUGGGGCCCUACCCCACUGAGAAUGAAGUGGAUGCAGACCUUAUUAAUGCUGGGAAGGAGACUGUCACUGUACUCCCGGGGGCUGCCUAUUUUUCCAGUGAUGAGUCAUUUGCCAUGAUCCGAGGGGGUCACAUCAACCUGACAAUGCUGGGAGCCAUGCAGGUGUCAAAAUAUGGAGAUCUAGCUAACUGGAUGAUCCCUGGCAAGAUGGUGAAAGGGAUGGGAGGAGCCAUGGAUCUAGUAGCUAGUGCUGGAACUAAGGUGGUGGUCACAAUGGAGCACUCGGCGAAGGGAGGAAAACACAAGAUAAUGGAGAAAUGCGUCCUGCCAUUGACAGGGAAGCAGUGCGUGGAUCGAAUCAUUACAGAAAAGGCUGUGUUUGAUGUGGAUAAGACAAAAGGUCUGACUCUGAUUGAAAUAUGGGAGGGCCUGAAUCCUGAGGACAUCAAGGCAUGUACCGGCGCAGAUUUUGAGGUGUCUGCCAACCUGAGGCCUAUGCAGCAGAUUUAAAAGGGUUUCAAGCUGUUAUGAAGAUGUUUUUUGGCUUGUUAGUUACUCUAUGCUAAGAAACUGCCAGUGAAAGAGGACGCUCUGUGUCAAAUAAGGUUACAAAACCUACAUCUGGUUCAGUUCUCUGGCAGUGAGUGUUCAAAUAUCAGGAAUUACUCAGCAUCACUGACUAAGGAAUAGGACUCAACUGGAGUCAUUGUGCAUGAUUCUUAACAUGGUGUGAUGUGGAUGUUUCACUGUUGGGGUAAUAAUUAGGUUUGUGCAGCUGUAACCAAAAUGUUCCUUUUAAAUGUUCUUGAAAUAAUUUGUAACAAGAAAGCAGCAUUAUUACCUUUUAACAAUUAAAUUCAGCUACACAUACUGAACGAUUAAAACCUGAUUUUACCAUAAAAAUAUAAAAAAUGCAAUGCAAAAUUUCAGAUUGUAUGAUUGUAGAUCUGUAAAAGUUGCCUAUUAUGGAUAUAAUAGGCAUUUUUAUUUCAGGAUUUGAAAUAAAAAUGCCCCUGAAAUGUUAAUGUUGUAUAUUUAUGCUUACCUUUUCAGUGUUAAAAUAUAUUGAGAAUACACAUUUAACCUAAAAAGAAAAAUGUAUCAGUAUUUCUACCAAAACUGUAAAUACAUUUUCUGGGAAUUUUACAUUGUUAGGUUUUGAUGAAGCAACGGAAAGUAAGUAAUAUGCUAUGCCAUAUCAAUACAUACAAGUGGAAUUUUGGGAAACAAAUACAGAGCUUUAAAAUUCAUACUUCAAAGCAGAAUUUACUUUAAAUAAAAGUUGUCAUUUCCAGUGGAUGGAUGGUGGUGUUGCAAUUUGAGGCAGAAGACUUGCACUUUGUCCUUUUUCUCUCUGACGUCAUUUCUUACUACACUUAGGUUUUUUGGACAAUGGUAAGUUGGAUAACUGGCUGACUGAAUCUUGUCAUCCUGACUUUAAAAAAAACUAAUAUGCUAACCUACUCCUGGAAAGUUUAGCUAAUUACAUUAGCGUUAGCAUCCCCUGCAAAAGUUUUACUCUAAGACUGCCUGUCUCAGUUUUUUUAACUCGCCUAAAGCAACAAACAAACAAACAAACCAGAAAGUCGUCACCCAUCAGUUCUCCAAAGAGAUGCUAGACUUGGUGCAAAGAAAAGCGUUAAACUCACCGUUGAGUUGAUGUUCAUUGAAAAUUUUUUAGUUUAUAUGUAUAUGAAAGCUGAUUUUUUUUUUUUUCUUUUAACAGUUAAACUGAAAAACAGAUUGAAAAUGUGUUCAAUUUGAAAUGGAAAUGUAAAUUUUUAACUUGGAAGUGAAAAUUUCAACUAUGUAGAAAUUAUGACAAUGAUUUCUUUUUAGGUUAAAAAUAUAUUCUGAGUAUAUUUUAACACUGAAAAAGUAAGCACAAAUAUAUGACAUUAAAAUUUCAGGGACAUUUUCAAUUCAAAUCCUGGUGACAUAUUUACUUCCAUAGUCAUGAUCAAUUAACAAAAGCUUUUCAUACUAUACAUCUGCUGAUUGAGCCCACCUUUAUAUUAUCCAUCUGGAAAAUGAAGGAAAUGUCAAAAAGUGACUAAUCGAGACAUUGUCUAUUUGGUGUGUAACUCGUGCAUUUCAAAUGAAUUUUUUUUUUUUUUUUUUUACAGAUAUCUGUACAAUAAAUGAAAUACAGCCUGUUGUGCAGAGUUAUGCAAAUGAA